AUGACAUCUCGUUCGGAACGCUCGCCGUCCCCUACGCGCGAUCUGUCCGCAUCUGCCCUGACCAUACCUUCCGACUCUGAGCCAUAUUCUUCACUAUCACCGCCUUCAUCGAGUCCACCGCAGUCAUCGAACAACAAUGGAGAACAACCCGUGAUCAUAUAUCAGCCACCGACAGUCUGGUCAUUGCUGCGUGGGGCAGCCAUCAACUUGAUAUUACCGUUUGUCAAUGGCUUAAUGCUUGGGUUUGGAGAGCUUUUCGCACAUGAGUUUGCUUUUAGACUUGGAUGGAGUUCAACAAAUGUG